AUGUCUGACGAGAUCCAAUUUAUUGACUCAAAUCCCUCGGACCGUGCAGGAACUGCAUCACGGAAGCGAGCUCACGCCCAUGCAGCUCGCGUAGCCCAUGCUAAGAGACCGCGCUUUCAUUUUGUAGAAUACUGCGCUGGUACAGCAAGAACGAUAGCUCUGGCAAACCGAACAUCUACUCCUCAGCAAGCCUAUGGGUCCGGAACUACCAAGACUACCGAGGAGGAGAAUGUGUCCAGCCCUAAGAGCCUCUUAUCCUCGGCUCGGAAUGAUCCGUUUAACAGCUUCGCGAGGACUUUCACGAAUGUAGAACACUUUCUUCUUGAUCAUUACACGCAAGUGGUUAUUCCAUUGCAAAGUGUUGAGUGCAACCGCCUCUUGGGCCCAGAAGAAUUUCGCAAGCUCAUGCUUGAAGAGUGGACACGGCUUACAGUCCGUCGAGGUGACUCUCUAGACAGCAUGUUUCUGGCUGCUUGUCGCCAUUUAUCUAUAGUCCAGCACCUCCAGCCCGAACAGAGCCAACGUUACAAGCAACUGGCAUUACAAUACAAAGUCUCGUGUCUACAGAAAUUGAACAAAGAUUUUUCCGUGGAAGUAGAUAGCGCAUCCACAAUUAGCGAGGCCACUAUUGCAACUUCAAUGAUGUUAGCGUCGGACGAGCUUAAACUCGGGGAUUUUGAGAUGUGUAAAGCUCAUCUAGUGAGAAUUUUUAAAAUGGUCAGGCGUAAUGGUGGACCGGAGACUCUGGGCUGUGGAGGCUUCAUGAAACAUGCCUUGUCUUCGAUAUGGACGGAUGUUCAUAUUCUUAAUCCGCAUGCUAUCCCGAUUUAUGUACAAUAG